GUCUUGGAAUUAGGGUUAGGUUUAAGUGGCUAGGGUUAAGGUAUGUGCGGAUCGGGUAGGAAUCGGCUUCCAGUCUAAGAAUCGGACACCUUCAACAGAAUCAUGACAGAUCCGUACGGUGUAGCCCCGCUUCUUGUAGCUGGGGUGAUAUUGUCACAGCUGCAUUUUACGUUAGGACUCGGAGUAAAUGAGCUGCUGUAUUUCCGCAUCCUCAGGCCUGAAGAUAUUGGGUACAUAUUCAGCGCAGCCCCUGCCCGGGACUUCGGUGGCGACUUUACCUCUUCAUAUGAUGAGAUCUACCUGGUUCCUGCUGAACCCUCGGAUGGCUGUUCAGAGUUAAGGAACAAAGAAAUUAUAGAGGGCCAAGUUGUCCUCCUGCAGAGAGGAGGGUGCUCCUUUGUCCAGAAGGCGCGGGCUGUGGAGGAGGCCGGCGGACGGGCCGUGCUGAUUGCUGACAGCGCCUCUGACAACGACAGCCAGCACUUGGACAUGAUCACCGACGGCACUGCGGAUCUGCCGAGCAUCCCUGCACUCUUCCUUCUGGGCCGUGACGGGCAUAUGAUUCGUCGAUCUCUGCAAAGGCAAUCCCUUCCGUGGGCAGUCAUCUCCAUUCCGGUGAACGUGUCUAGUCUGGCAUCUUUUCCCCUGCAGCAGCCACCCUGGACGCUCUGGUAGAGAUGCUGAUUCUGGCACAUACAGAGUGCUGAUCUAGCUUUGAUGCGGAAGCUCCUUCCAGAUUUACACAGGAUUUAAUUAUUUAUGUUUCAGAUCUCUGGCAUGCUUUCUUUUGUGCUACUUAGGAUGUUUUUUUUUUUGCUGUUAUCUGUGCCUCUUGCUCUGUUUCUCUGCCCCCUACUGUACUGAGCGUGCUCUGUGACGCUCCGCCCCAUACUGUACUGAGCGUGCUCUGUGACGCUCUGCCCCAUACUGUACUGAGCGUGCUCUGUGACGCUCUGCCCCAUACUGUACUGAGCGU